AUGUUCAUCGCUGUUCCGAUCAUUCUACUCGCCCACACGGUUUUCGUAAGUCCCUUUUCCAAUUUGAAUUCAGAUGGUUUUGUUCUGUUUUAGGCAAAGAGUGAAGCUGGGAAGGUGGACAAGGAAAAGCCUGAGAUUUCUGAGCAAAUUGAUCCGUCGAUCUACAUUCGACAGGGAUUCAUGAAUGGAAUGGGAGGGUUCGGGCAGAGCAUGGGAAUGGGUCAGAAUGCGAUGAAUGCCGGUAAGUGUGAGAAGAUGAAAUCAGAACUCGUGGGAUCGGACAUCUACAUCAGAAAACAUAGGCUACACUCCUAGAAGUGAUAUCAUGAGUCUCAGAGUUGUGUGGAAAUGAAUAAUCUGAUAAUGAAGGGGUAUUCAGAAGAGCUUAGGCUAGAAGAUUAAUGAUGCAACCGGAUACUUUCAGUGAAUUUUGCCUUCACAUGCAAGUGCACAUCGAAGAGCACCAAUCCGUUGGCGGCGGCUCCGAUUGAUGCGAACGCGCUGGCUCAGCAGCAAAUUGUCCAGUUGCAGGUGAGGAAUAAAUGUUGGAGUCAUCGAGAUGGACAUUUGUUUGGGUCUAUAGAUAUUCUUUCGGAACGCUGGAGUUUCUACCUAAUCCGCGGCAAAAAUAGACUGACAUCAGAUGAAAAAGGAGAAGGAAAAGUUUACGAGCUCUCAUAACAAUAGAGCCCUUCGCGCCCGCAAUUGAAUAAAGAGCAGCCGGAGAAAAAGGAGAAGAAGCAAGCAGAAGUUCAUUUUCUAAAUGGAAUUUUUAGUGUCCCCGCUUUGCCGCCGAGAAUAGAAUCAGAAAGGGUGGAUAUAGGUACGUGUCGGCGCCCGCCGUCACUUCUUCUUCUUCUUCCUCUUCUGUUUUCCCUUUUGAGGCGUUGAAUCGGAAACAUUUAUGAAUAACGACGGGACAAAACACACAAUGGGCUCCGGUUGACGAGAACAAAAACAAAACAGACGACGUGGCACUCACACACACACACACACACAAAUUAUUGAAACAAAGAAAGGGGCCCAAGAGAUCGUAGAACUUGCAGGAACAAGUGCGCAGACAGCAGGAAAUCAUCAACCGACAGUCGGCCACCAAGAACGGAUUCGAGAACUUCAGUGAGUGAAUGCGCGUUCUCAUGUCUCCCAGAAUGAAGUGAAAUAAGCCGAACAAAACGUUGAAUUCUCUCUCUCUCUCUUUCUCUCUCUCUCUCUCUCUUUCUUUCUCUCUCUCUCUCUCUCUCUCUCUCUUUCUCUUUCUCUCUCUCUCUUUGUCAAUCAAACUUAAUGCGCCGUUACAUCGCCUCAAAUCUGAAUGACAACAUCUCGAUUCCUCCCAUUUCCUCAUCAAUUUUCCAGCUCAACUCAUCGCCCUCGCCAAUUCUAUGGACUGCUCGUGCUCUUCGGACAACUCCGGAAUGGGAGCCUCCGUGGGGAUGGGUGCUCUCUACGGAGGGCAGGGCGGAAUGGGCGGUUCCGCUGGAUUCCCGCCGAUCACUCUUGGCGGAGGCGCAAAUGGAUUCGGAUUUCCGGCGCAGAGGGGAGUUCCCAUCACUACCUUCGGCGGAACUCAGCACAUGAUUGAAAUGCCUUAUGCAACUGCUCGAUGA